AUGGCACUCCCACACCGAAGAGGCUACGGCUCAACCGACGAACACUCCCUUCCGGAGACAGACGGGUUCAUAGAAACCGACCUCCGAGCCGGCGGUCCCUGGCUCCACGAUUUCCUCUGCGCGAAAUACACCAUCCUCCCCAAAUCCUCUCCCUACAAGGCCCUCUGGCGCGACGGCGGCGCGAUAUCAUCCCAACUCGAGGACCUCUGCCGCGCGCAGAACCAUCGAGUCGGAUCUGCUAUAUUCUGGGGACGACGGUCCGUGUACGAACCGGAUGCCGAGCCAACGACUACACUGGCGGUGUCGCUUAUGGGGCGCCGUGAGGAUGAUCCCCCGUAUGCGUGUACCCGGAUUGACCUUGCGCGGAUGCUCUGGCGGGAUCUCUGCGGUAGAGGGCUUGAGGGGAUUACCGUGGAGGUUGCGGAUGUGAGUGUGAUACGCCGGAUUGAAAUUUACCCCUGUCUCCCUACGGAUGAUAUAUACCCUGUCUGGACGGAGGUGGCUAUGGAGAUAUUCGACGGGAUUGACCGCGCUGGGGUAUUCACCAUCGGGUGCUUUCGGAUUGGUGGGAGUGGGUGGGAUAGAGAUGAGUCUCCGUCGACGGUUCUUAUAGGAGUUGAUAGACAUUCCAGAAGAGACUGGAAGGAUGUAAGGGAGACUGUUGUUUCAAUCCUUGACGGGCGUGGUCUUGAUUCUGUUGUUGUGACGAUAAGGAAGGAUAACAUGAUUGCAAGAGGUGUGCUUUCCAUGGACUAUGACCCUGGUGCAAGGGCGGCAGAUUUUCGUCCGGAUCCAAGGCCUGGAAUGAGUCUGGGCCCUUGCAGUGAACAUGGAGUAUACAGAGAGGGAAAGUUGGGCGGUUGGGUUGAGGUGAAGAAUCCGCAUUCAGAGGCCUGGGUUCCAUUUGCGUUGACUUGUUCGCGCUGCUGCUUUCCUGAGGAAAGUACACUUUCUGAAGCAGACACUGAAGUAAUCCGAGGGUGGAAAGAUGGCGGUGUGCAUCAAGGGGACGCACACAGAGACCGCCUGCUCCAAGUCGACUCCCCCAGUGAUCAAGGCAUAGAAAAGGGUCUCGAGACAAUCGCCGAUGUUAUUGCCCAAGUAAAGAGGCGGCUCGAUUACUUCGAGGCUGAGAAACAAAACGAAAAAGACGAGGACAUGUCGCGGCGCAUAGAACGCUGGCUGGAGGAAUCCUGGAAGACUCUUACAGACCUACAGAACAAACAGUCGAAAAUAAAAAACCUCCGCAAUUCCAAGUCCCAUCAUCUGGGUACCGUAUUCGCGUCAUCUGGAGAACGCCAGGCUCCCUCGACAAGCGAUCCCAAGCAUCUCUCUCUCUCUAUCAGGGACUGGGCUCUGGUCCAGCCAACAGUGCCUAGACGCGCAGGCACGAACAUGGUAGAACACACCAUCUUCCCUAAUGAGGACCAGCAGCUAAUCCACCUACUCCCCGAGCCUCCGGAUAUGGACGAAAAGCUGUACACCCCUGCAGCGCACGGCGUGUACGGCAACUUGAAGACGUGCCACAUCACCACGAAGAUUGAAAACGGGCGUGCCGUCGAGGCCCCAACGUUCGAGCACGUGGUUGUGCGGUGCAAGGCGCGUGUGCAAGGCGAGGAAACACUGGAUGAGCCGGGGUCUUUUAUUUAUGAAUCGGCUGGUCUUAUCAAGGGGAUGGUCUUUGGGGGUUCUGGGAGUGGGGACUUGGGGUACUUUACUGGGACAAAGGACCUCCUGGAUGAUAUUGAGCAUAUCACGGGGGCAGAGGUUCGCUUGCUUUAUGUUGACUAG